UUUUACACGGUUUUGUCGGGAACCUAUCUUCAGUGUAAAUCGUGGGAUAGGUGUAUUGAGUAAAGUAACACGGCAGUACAUGGCCGAUUUAGUUUUCAAAUGUUUUCAAACCAUCGAAAUUUACACAAUGAAAAUCGAUUGCUUCUCCCGUGUUGCAUUCUGUAUGUUCUUUGUUGAAUUUCGCUGUUCCCAGAAUGUAACAUGAAGCAAACCCAAUCGCAAACAUAUUGCAAUCGCAACAAAAGCAAUAAAGUGUUCUUUUGGCGUUAAGAAGUCCAGGGCUGAUGAAAUUUACGUGUAGUCGAGAAGUGUCAAAACUAUCGAAAAGAUAUUAAAUUUAUUUUGCAACGGCGCCCAAAAGAAUAAACACGUUUUCGAAAUGAAAAUCUAUCUGUAUAGGGUAGAUAGGAGCAAUACGACCAGGCGGGGCGAAAUGGGCCAGCCUUCGUUUGGGACUGUUUUUGAACCAAUAACGCCUAUUUUCCAACAAUUGUGUUAGAAAUACUCUUAUUAAGUAUCUCCGUGAAAACCUUAUUCAAAUUCAAUUGUUUUAUAAAGAUAUUAAAAGAAAUCUCACACUGACUGAUUGUCACGAAAAACAUAUAAAAAGCAGUCAACAAAAUAAGCUCUGUAUACUUCAUACUGAAAUUUAUGACUCUGCUCUUUAUAUCAAUUCGUACUAUUAUUAUUACUGAACAUUUCCACUGGUUUAUUUCGCUGCUUUGCCGUUUCAUGUAAAAGACCAGUUCAUUUCUAUUGAGCGUUACGGAACCGUUUGGUACAUCACGCCACUCGGGUCCGCCAACCUACGGUCGACAACGUGGAGCGUGCAGCGUCAGCAGUAUGCAGUCAUAAGAGGGCCGCGAGCGCAUGGCUCGCCCUCUUUUUCGCUGUGCAGUUCUUGUGGAGCACCGGUGGUGCCGUGUGAUUAGUGAUAAGUGAAUAAAUUGUUGAAAGUAGUUAGUUUUUAAAAGUGUUUGCAUAUCACGAUUCCCAUAAGUGGUGUCAGAAGUGGGAUCGUGAGGUGUUAAAAUAGUGGAAGAUCCCGCCGCACGAGUAACCAGCCGUCGAAGGAUCACCCGGAUGCUGCAAACACAACCAAUACUGUGGCUCCUUACGCUGGUAGGGAUGGCCACUUCAGACUUGAGAAUUCAUACCCUGGAUCAGAGUCCGAUCAUUAUAGUUCCGUUAGAACCCGCUAAAAUAAGCACUAGUUCUCUGCGAAUUGUGCACCCCAUAAACUUGACCUCAAUUGGAACAAUUGUAGAAAGCUUUAACGCCGUUUCUAUGGAGAGAUUGUCGAAUCAAACGCCUUUUAAGUCAAUAGUUAAAGCAAAAUUAGACAAAAUAAACUUGAGUUACAACCGAAUAAAACCACUACGUAGGAGAAAACGAUGGGAAUCUCUCGGAAAGGCCUGGAAAUACGUAUCGGGAAGCCCUGAUGCAGACGACCUUAAGAUUAUAAAUUCGUCAUUAAAUUCAUUAAUUAGCGAGAAUAACAAGCAAAUAAGAAUCAAUAGUGCUUUCGAUUCACGAAUGAGCAACAUUACAAAAGCAAUUAACGUCAUACUGGAAAAUGAGGAAAAUGUAAUACAUUCCUUAGAGGGCUUUGAUGUAUUAGAAUUAAUAUUCAAAAUUGAUGAGCUAUUAUACUACUUAGACAUAAUCGAAGAGGCGAUCACACUAGCGAGACGGAGUAUCCCAAGCAGCCGCAUCAUUCACCUCGACGAAUUGGAAACCAUUCAUCAUUCCCUCAUUAAUGACGGUUUCGGGCUUAACUCGGUCGAUAGCAUACUUAGUACUGCCAAUGCCUACGCAGUAUUAAACAACGAAAUUUUCAUGUACAUACUGAAGAUACCCAGGAUCAAAAAUGUACAGUACACCCUCAACUUCAUUGAACCAGUCAUUGUAGAUCACCACAGAGUCCACCUACAAACACAGUUUUAUUUGAAAGGACAGAAAUCAUUCAUGUUAAAAAGCGCUUGUUCCAAAGCCAACGCCAUGUUUAUAUGUUCCUCAACGGAUCUAGAACCUUUGACGGGUUGUAUGCAACAAUUGGUCUCCGGAAAUACAGCAGAGUGUCCCAUAGAACGCACCUACGGAAACAAAACUAUUCGGAAAAUCAAUGAUGGCAAUAUAGUCGUCAAUGCAAUCAAUGUAACACUUUCGUCAAACUGUUCAGUCACCCAACGCACUCUACAGGGGUCGUUCCUAAUCCAAUACUCAAACUGUACACUGAAAUUGGAUGACGAGGAAUAUGUCAACACAAACAUGGAGAUACAGCCGUUCAUACCUACCACGGGAUUGAAGCCGAAAACCUCCAUUGGAAACUUCAUUUCCUGGGAUGGAUAGCAUCCGUAAUCUCAUCAACUUUACUAAUCUGCAUACUGGGUUCAUCCAUAAUCAUCGUUUUGAAAUUCGCCGCCUGGAAGACACUCCUUACCAACAGCAAACCAGAAGUCAUCGAACAGGAUACCAUCGCAUCAACCGAGGCCCAUCCCGAGUCCAGAGAGGUACCGCUGAUACUUCAGCAGUAGACGAAAGCCGAGGACGUCUUUCAGCUAAGGGGGAAGCCGUUACGGAACCGUUUGGUACAUCACGCCACUCGGGUCCGCCAACCUACGGUCGACAACGUGGAGCGUGCAGCGUCAGCAGUAUGCAGUCAUAAGAGGGCCGCGAGCGCAUGGCUCGCCCUCUUUUUCGCUGUGCAGUUCUUGUGGAGCACCGGUGGUGCCGUGUGAUUAGUGAUAAGUGAAUAAAUUGUUGAAAGUAGUUAGUUUUUAAAAGUGUUUGCAUAUCACGAUUCCCAUAAGUGAGCAUAAAUGUACGGAGCGAAAUGGUCAUACCUGCUUGGGGCAGUAUGAUCAGGUAUUUUUUCAACCUAAUCUGUAAAUACAGCUGUCAAAAUUUGUAAACAUAGUUGGAAAUAGCUAGAUGUGGAAUCACAUAGAAUUAUACCAGAACAUCCGAUCGUAAAAAGUGGUCACAGAACAGUUUAGACGCGGCAAUCGUAGCAGUGAAGAGUCAGUGCGACAUGCAGCGUUAGUGCAUUGUAUCCCGCGAGAAACACUUAAAUGUUAUUUACGUUGUGCAGAUCUUUGCAGCUCCAGCUGUUCGGAUCAUUUAGUAACGUUUUUUUACGACGGAGCGAGAGAACGAGCUUGUAGAUUAUAUUCUCUCUAUGGAACAACGAUUUUACGGUGUUACGACGAAAGAAAUCCGGAAGCUGACGUAUGAUUUGGCCAAAAGGAAUGGUAUUUAUCUCCCUUUCAAUAGCCAAAAAUAGCCGGAAUAGAUUAAUUGGCUGGUUUUGCAAAGCGCUACCCAAACUCUUACUUCGGUCACCAGAAGCAACUUCCGCCGCCAGGGCACAAGCAUUCAAUCGCGUUGCAGUCGGGAAAUUCUACGAUUUACUAGAGUACGUACAGCAGAAAUACAACAUUCCACCAGUAAGGCAAUGAAACGUCGAUGAGACAUCAGUGAUUCCAGUAACUAUCUUUUAUCGAUAGGAGAAGGAAGUAAACUAGGAAGUAAAAAAAUGAUUAUCUCCAUUCGACAGGUGCAGACCAAAAAUUCCAAAAUUCUAGCAAAGCAAGGAAAAAGGCAGAUGAGCGCUGGGUGCUGAGCACGGAAUAACGAUUGUAGAAUCUUCCACAGAACACCCUAUGUUGCUACUGUGGGACACAAUUCAGCUCCUCUACGGACGGCGAUGGAUGGAAUCAAUGCUAUCAAUGCCACUGACUGCACAGAUAUUCUCUGUUCCUGCUUUGAGUAACGUGAAAUUGCAACAAUGUGAUCAAAGUAACAUUGUUAUUCUUUGUACAUGCAAACUGAAUGAAAUCCAAUGAAAUAUACGUGAUGGCUUGCUAAAUAGAUCAAACUUCCCUUUUAUGAACUUGUUACGUUAUUUCCUAGCGAAAAUAUGCUUAAAAGAUUGAAUCAACUAACAUGGUCGUAUUGCCCCGCAAUGUGGCCCAUUUUGCCCCGUAGCUUACAAUCGACGGAAAUGAAACACAAAUUUUAAAAGUGUAAAUUUUCCACAUAAAUCCUUUUUAAAGCGUAUUCAUAUAAUGUACAUCGAUCAAAAAGGUUUCAAAUCGUGAGGUUUUAACAUGUAGCAUAAUUUAAAAAUGUUCCUACAUGAUUUAGGACGUUUCGUACUUAUGGGGACCAUAUUGCCACUAUCUACCCUUCAUGUACCUCUGGUGGCUAAUUGUCACCUGUAGAUGCGCACCACAGCAUAAACAUUAGCUUUGUUCUCAUGACGUAUUUUCGAUUCUAACUUGAACUUUGUUACCCACCAAAAACUCCAUUCAAUC